AGCGACAGGGCGUCUGUGCUUGGACCCUCCCACUCCUGCUGCUCCCCCGGUGCGGUGCCUCUGCCCGCCGUGGGGAGGGGGAAGCUCGCUCCGGCGCUCGCUCGCACACGCCCGCUGCUGGGGGGACCGGAGAGCUGCGCAUCGGUGCGCGCGGGUCCCCAGCUCGUGGAGCGCCCCCAGCCCGCCAGGGGAGGAGGAAGGGCCCGGGGCGGCCAGCAUGCGGUAGCCCCGGGGCGGGAGGAAGGAAGGGGCUCCGGACGGGAGACGCCUGUCAUGUUGGCCGGGCUGCUCUUGGGGGCUGCCUGUGUGUCCCUGGUCCUCCCGGGCAGCCCGGGCAGCGCCUAUCCCGGCAGGAAGAAGCCGCCCAGCUUUGCCGCGGACAGGCACCGUGUGGGGCCGCAUGUUUGCCUCUCCGGCUUUGGGAGUGGAUGCUGCCCUGGGUGGAUGCCAUCCCCAGCCAGCGGGCAGUGCACUCUGCCACUCUGCUCCUUUGGCUGUGGCAGCGGCUGGUGCAUCGCCCCCAACGUCUGCUCCUGCCGGGAUGGAGAGCAGGGCAUCACCUGCCCAGAUCCGCCCAAUGCCUGUGGGGAGUAUGGCUGUGACCUCGCCUGUAACCAUGGUGGCUGCCAGGAGGUGGCCCGUGUCUGCCCGCUGGGUUUCUCCAUGGUGGAGACGGCCAACGGCGUGCGCUGUACAGACAUUGACGAGUGCCUGAGUGCCUCCUGUGAGGGGCUGUGCGUCAACACCGAGGGAGGCUUUGUGUGUGAGUGCGGCCCAGGCAUGCGGCUUUCCGCCAACCGGCACAGCUGCCAGGAUACGGACGAGUGUCUGGCCACUCCGUGCCAGCACCGGUGCAAGAACAGCAUCGGCAGCUACCGGUGCUUCUGUCGUCCCGGCUACCACCUUCACGGCAACCAGCACUCCUGCUUGGAUGUGAACGAGUGCCGCCGGCCCAGUGAGAGGCGCCCCUGCCAGCACGCCUGCCACAACACGCCAGGCAGCUUCCUGUGCACCUGCCACCCUGGCUACCGGCUCAGCGGGGACAGGGUGUCCUGCGAAGGCUUCCUGAAAACCAUCCCAGCCCCGUCUCCCAUCCUGCAGUCCCUGCAGCACCCCCCAACUCUGCUGCUGCUCCCUCCCGACUCUGGGGGACCCCUGCUAGCCCCCAGGGCCUCCCUUCCUUCACAUGCCCCUGCCCCCGACCCCAGCCCCCGGACCCCUUCCUUGUUGACUGCCCCACCACCCAAUUCCCUCUUGCUCCCGGCUGCCACCGCUGCCCCUGGCGUGUUCUCCCCACUGCCGCCAUCGCUGCUCCAAGGGGAAGUCCUCUCGCCCUCGCCUCGUCCCUCUGCUUCUCUGCCGCCCGCCCUUGCCACCUCGUCUCCCCUCUGCUGGCACCAGGGGGCGCCGCGGGAGCACAGCAGCCAUUGGACGGAGCCUGGGUGCCUGCACUGUGCCUGCAAGGAGGGCCAAGUGGUGUGUGAGGCGGAGAGCUGCAGGAUUGCCUGUUCCCACCCGCUGCCCCCGAAGGACGGGGGGUGCUGCCCCAGCUGCACAGGCUGUUGGCACGAGGGGGUCGCCCGGGCCGAGGGGGAUGUGUUCUCUGUGGCUGAUGGAAAUUGCACAGUCUGCAUGUGCCUGGCCGGCAACGUGUCCUGCAUCUCCCCUGAGUGCCCUCCAGGGCCCUGCCCCAGCCCUGCCCAGGCCAAAUGCUGCUCUUGCCAGCCAGCCACGUGCGAUUUCCACGGGCGCACAUACAUGCACGGAGCCGAGUUCAGCUUGGAUGGAGACAACUGCACCACCUGCAUCUGCCGGAGUGGCGAGGUGGAGUGCUCCUUCGCCCCCUGUCCCGAGUUGGCAUGUCCCCGCCAGGACUGGCUGCUGGCCCCGGGGCAGUGCUGCUUCUCCUGCCGGGAGCCUGCACCAGCGUCAGGUUGCUUCGUGGAUGACAAUGGGGUAGAGUUUCCGAUCGGACAGAUCUGGUCUCCGGGUGAUCCCUGUGAGUUAUGCAUCUGCCAGGCAGACGGCUCGGUGAGCUGCAAGAGGACAGACUGUUUGGAGACGUGUCCUCACCCCAUUCAAAUCCCUGGCCAGUGCUGCCCGGAUUGCUCAGCAGGCUGCACCUACAUGGGAAGGAUCUUCUACAACAACGAAACCUUCCCUUCUGCCCUAGACCCCUGCCUCAGCUGCAUCUGCCUGCUGGGCUCCGUGGCUUGUUCCCCUGUGGAGUGUAUCAUCUUCUGUAUGUACCCGUUCCACCCGGAGGGAGAAUGCUGCCCUGUCUGUUAUGAUUGUAACUACGAAGGGAGGAAGGUGGUGAAUGGACAGAUAUUCGUACCGGAGGGUGAGCCCUGCAUUCACUGCAUUUGCCAGUUGGGGGAGGUGAGCUGCGAGAGGAGGCCCUGUGCCCGCUCCUGCACCGAGCCCUCGGUGCUCCCUGCUGCCUGCUGCCCUGCCUGCCAAGAUGCUCCAGUGCCUCUGGAGGGCAGCCCUGUCCUUGUCCACGCAGACGAUGCAAAGGCUGGGAAAUCCCCAUCCCGCAAUCCCAGAGAGAAUUCCAUGGACCAGCCCAGGGCCAGUGACUGCCGCCUCUGCCCCAGUUCCCUGGCUCCUGCUUCUCCCAGCCCAGAGCUCCUCGCAGGAAGGAACAUGCCCCGCUGGGAUGCUGGGUCCGUGAACACGGCUGAGCCCCCUCUGGCUGGACCCCCUCCAGCUGGGCCAGGGUCCUUGGGAUCCCGUAUGGCUCCCUCGGGGCCUUCUCUGCGCCCCACCAUUCUGAAAGAAACCUCUGGGCCGGUGACUGCAGUUUCAAGCCCUGAUCAGCUCCCUGCAGGGCCCAGAACUGCCCCCGGACCCCCAUCCCCAGUGCCGGCUUGGUCCCUGCUCCUCAGAAGCAUUCCACGCUCCCAUCAGAGGGAGUGGAGCCCCCCCCGUGUGAGGAGAGCACUCCUGGCCAGCCAGCUGCGUAGUGCCCCUCGCCGAGGGGAUGGGGAGCGCCCAGCCCGUCGCAGCAGCAUGAGGAAGAGGAGGAAACUGGCAGGAGAGAUGAGUUUGAUCGAACGGGGUGGGGGAGGGAAAGGAGGCAUCACGUUGUUCUGAGCAGCGUGUAUGGGAAGAACCACUGCCUCUUCCCCUGCCUAUGCCUCGCCUGCUCCCUCCCCGGAUCCUGCUAGACAGCAGAUGCCUCAGCAGGGGCAACGUGUGGGCGGCUCCACACCCCGCUGGUGGGGAGGAGACGGCUUGGCCCCGGCCCGGCUGCCUGAGCAAUCCCAGGAGAUGAGCGGUGCCAUGAUGUUCUGGGAGGACAUGGUGCCUAGCUGAGAUACCAUGACUCAAGAUUUUCCAGGCAUGUGUGAGUUGCCAGCCUCCUUACAAUCACAGUGUGGGAGGAGAUGGGGAAGGGCCGAGAGCAUGCCCAGCUCCCUGCAUUGGGUGGGACGCGCCCACCUGGUCCCAGGGGAUGAUCCCUGUGCAGGGCUCCUGAGACAGGUGAAUCGCCCCACCCUUUGGGGUGGUCCCUGCCUCAGCCAGGCCCAGAGCCCCUGGAUCCAGCCCUGAGAUCUCCCGCCACUUCUUGCAGACUCGUGUUUAAACCUUAGAGCUGAGAUUUCAAAACUUCCUAAGGAAUUUGAACACCUAGUUCUCAACUGGGCAUCCAGAUCCCCUGGGCCGCUUUGCAAUUCCCACCCUAGAUUCCUUGGGGCUGCUGGGAGGCUUUCCCAAGCUACUCCUGAUGGACAGGUAUCUGAUCGCCCAUCAGGGCCAGCCUGCCCGUUCUACGGUGAAUAGUAAUAAAGUUUUCCCUACUAAUCCAAGCAUUCCCUGCUGCCACCUACAGCUGGCUCUGACCAUGGGGACGAGUACAAACUGAGUGGGCUCAGCAACCCUAGGGCUGAUACCCUUAGUGGUGGGGUGAUGGCCUGGAGGUGGCAGGGUCUUCCUCUCCUACCAUCAUCUCCUCAGCCAGUCCUGGAUUUGGCAAUUCGUGCAGUGGCUGAUCUCAGCAGGGGAGGGGCUGCAGGUGUCUGAUGUGAAGGGGAUGUAGAGCGGGGAGCCUAUUGCUGGCUUGUUCUCCCCAAGCAACUUCACUCAGCUCCUGGCUAGGAUGGGGGAGAGGAUGUGUCCCUGCAGGACCCUGUGGCUGGGAGCAGGUGUCUUCUAUGUGGUCUGGGAGGAACGAUCUCAGCCUUAGACAAGGUUUUUCCCCAGUGCAUGGGGAGCUCACAUAGACUUUGCUCAUUCCUCUGCGAUGGGUGAAGGAUUCCAAAUCCCAGGCCUGUCAAGCCAGCGCCCCAGACUAAAGUCGUUUCACUUAGUGUGUAAUACCCGCUGUCACCACUGGGUGUCAACACAGGCUGAAAUAUUUCCUCGGGGACGGCCAUCAGACAGAAUCCAACCUGACCAUCCGUCCCUGGCUUCCGGAAGCAGCUGCUUAUGUUCUGAGUUGAACAGGCAAGUCCCCUCUUCUUCACCCAUGCAGACGGGCACCCGGGGCUGUGGCCGCCACCCUUGGGCACCUGUGUCUUCCCUCUGCCUGCACAAAUGUAGGAUUUGGGCUCACAUGUCUGAAUUUUGGGCCAAAACUGCUAAUCAGUUGCACACGGAGAUCCAAACCCUCAUUGGACUUGCUGCACCUCGAUCUCCCCUCCUAGGCCCUAUCUCCAGCCUAGUUCCAACUCCAGUCUCAGCAGGACCCCAGGUCACAGGAUGGGGUAAUUGAUUAUUUGUUUGUAUUGUGAUGGUAUCUAGGAGCUCCAGUCACAGGCCAAGCCCCCGUUGGGCUAGGAGCUGUACAAGCACAGAACAGAAAGGCGGUCCCUGUCCUCCAUGAGCUGAUAAGCUAUAAACAAAGAGGCUGAUAGACUGGGAAACACAAGGAGACAAUACAGCUCAGCAUGAUAGCAUGUGCUGUCAGCAUUGCAGCAGCCUGGCCAUGGCCAAGUUCUUUGUAGGGUUGUGAAGCAGAGUUGGGAUUGGGGUUAGGAUUAGGAUUAAAGUCCUUUGGGGCUAUUCUAUGGUUAGCAUUGGAGUCCGUUGGGGCUAGGGUUAGGGUUUGCUAUAAGGUUAUAGUUGGGCUAGGAGCUAGAACAACAUGAGAGGGUGAAACAUUACAGUCAGUGGGCUAGGAUUUAGAUUUACCACCAUAACCUAACCUUGACAAUUUACCCUGCACUGUACUAGCCUCGUUCCAGUGCACAGCGUUGCCAGCAUCCCUUUCCCAGCCACUCCCCAUAGUAUUUACCCUCAGUGAAUAUCAGCCCCCAGCUGGUCGUGUGCAAAAAAUUCCAAAACACAAGGCCUUAACGCAAACCUUGUGAAUGUUUAAGUACACCCCAAGGGAGUGAAAAAUCCCAGCUAGUGUGAACAUUUGCUUUGGUUCUAAAAUAAGACUCUCAGAGAGCAAAAUUGGGCACAUUAUCACUUUUUUUUUUUUUUUACAAAGUAUUUUUGAAGCAAAAAUGCAACUUUUUGAAAAGGAAAAUCAUUUAAGGUCAGAAUUUCAGUGUUUCUUUCAGGCAGAAAUCAACUUUGUCAAGAAGCGGGGAAGUUUUAGAAUAUGAGUGUCCCUGAUGUGAAAGUGGCCAGGCCUUGGACCCCCCCCCCUCCCACAGAGAUAUUUGUGUGUCCAUGAAAUGUUGUGGGGUUUUUGUGUGCCAUGCACAAGGAGCCUGUGAAACUCACUGGCACAAUAAAUCUUUGAGUCCAAGUGUUUAGCAGGAUCCCCAAAAGGGUCCAUCAGACAUUUACCUGGAUAAUAACAAAAAGAGAUGUUAGUAGGGGGUUUAAAAAAGUGUGGAAGGGCUAAACACCCUCAUGAUUUCAAGGUGUAAAGGCAACCUUGAACAGAGGCCAGGAAGAGACUUGUGCCAUGGGCAGGUGUGGGAUUUCUGCUGGUACCGGCUAUUGUCUGAGACAGACCACUGGGCAAGAUGGACAAUGGGCUGUUCACUGAUCACUGAAAGAGAUACUAAUUCUUCAGUGACCCACUUCCAACUGCCUCUGGUGAACAGAACAUGGGCUUCUGCAGUGCCCCUCUUCCAAACUUCCUGGUGGGGAAGCUAAACUGUUACAGAUACGGUUCCCAAGACCACAUCUUCCUUUCCCAAUCAAAACUUAAUAACGGUGCUACCCUCUUUUGACCCGAGUGGCAAGUCAAUGUCUGGGUUGUUUCCAUUAGGAGGAGACAUUGGUGAUGGAGUCAGAUAUCUUUGAUGCAAGCCUGCCUAUUUACACAGAAUGUACAAAGGCCUCUUUCUCUGAACACAGGAGAAAUCAAACAACAGGAGACAGUUUCUGUGCUCCCAGCUCCGAGGCCCUUUCAGCCAGCACUCUGCCCAAAACCUCUAGGCUUUGCAAAGGGUCAUGCUCAGUGCUUGUUCAGCUUGUGUCUGAAGCUUUCUUGCUGCCUUCCUGCUUCUCUGGUGUGUUUGUUGCUUCUCUCUCACACAGACUCCUCCACCAACCAACACCCAGCAAAACUCCUCUGCCCACGUGCAGACUCUCCUGUGCCUUUGUUUUGGCAGGAGACCACUGUUAUUUUUAUAAAGGAGCUUAACCGUUUCUAUUAUCUUAAAUGAAGGGUGGUGGUUAUACCUACCAGUUUCAAGGAAGUUAAACCCAACAUAUAACAGGUGCCAAAAUUAAAACCAACCCCGACUACUCGGCAUCCGGGCAGCUCCCAAUCAGCUCCAGGGUGCUAGACAGCAGGACUGACACUUGUCAUGAGUGUGAUUCAUUAAAGCCCAUGAGCAUCUUCAGGCUGGGGAGCUACAGCACAGGUAGUUCAUUAGGAAAUAGCAGGGGAGCACAAAGCUAAAGUCUGGCUACUGGGCCAGACUUGGCUGCACUCCUGGCCCAGUGUGCUAUAGACUGGGGUCUGCUGGGAUAAGCAAUUAACACCAGGGGAAGGAUGAGUUUUUUUGACGUGGCUGGGAAUGAAGCUGUCUAUGCUGAGCUACAGCCCCAACGAAAGGACCUGGUACUGGCCAGAUCUGACCGUGCUACGUUGAAUAUGGAAAAGUCUCUUUUCCCUAGAGUUUGGUUGAGCAGAGCUGGCCUGGAAUGAAAGAGUGCUCCCGGAAACCACCCUAUUAAGGUGUCUCUUGGUGCUGCACAUUGCUGACACCAGGAAUUUGGUGCUAGUCUCGUUAAUGGGCAGAAUUUAUUUUCCAUGCCCCCCUUGAAAGCUUUCAACAAAGAGGCAAAAUGGAUCACAGGUUUCAAGAAGGGAGGUUGGGUAGAAAUAUCUGAUGCCUAUGUAAGCAGGGUCUGAAUAAAUGCUUCCCUGACAGCUAGCUGGGAGGAGGAGAGACUUUGGGUGUGUUUAUGUAAAUACAGUUUCCUCCUGAUCUGCUUGCAUAUUUAGCAGAUACAGCAGUAUCAUGGUGAUCAAUUUUGGCUGGUGUUGGGUACAAAUCACCUUAGUACUGAAUGCAGGUGUAGUAAAAUAUGGUUACCAAUGUUGUAAUUAUUGUAGAAAUACAGGAAAGCAGGACUAUGUUUAACCUGUCCCGGGGGCCACCCUCAGCUGAAAGAUCCUUGUUAAGCCAUGGGCUCAAAUGUCAGAGCCCUGUGAAAGUAAGAGUGGUUGGAACAGAUAUAACUUAGAGAAUUUUUUUCACUUCAAGGUCCCAGAAACAAAGAUAAGGUUUUCAUUUCGAGGCUAAAAGACCAGAAACAUCAAGACACUUGAUCAUGGCCUUGGAUAGACCAAGAAACUACUGACACUUGAUCUUAGCUCAUAGAGAGCCGAGAAGCAGUUAUGGGGGCUGUACAACCUCAUCAAGGGUCCUUAUUAGAUUGGUUUAACCUGUUCCUCCCCAGUGUUCAAUGAAUAGAGCUAAAUGGGCUUCAUUAGCAGCCUCUUUGUUAUGUUAAAUGCCCAAUCAGACCUGAAAUCAGUUGUGGUAGGACUGUGUUUCUGCCCUGCCUGCUCAGAGCUAAAAAUCACUGAGAGCUGAAAUCACUUGAGCUGUGGCAGUGUUUCUAUCCAGCCUGCAAAGAGCUGAAAACUACUAAGAGACUGAUGUGCAGAGGUCACAGCAGAGAGGCAGAUGGCAGCAGAAGGUGACUGACAGCUGGUGAAUGAGUGGCUGGUGUGGUAGAGAGGUGCGACGAGUGCCCAGCGCAGGAGCAGCCAGUGAGUGGCCAGCAGGGUGACUGGCAGAGAGGGAUGGCGAGCGAGUGCCUGAGCAGCAUAGCGAGUAAGGUACCUCUUUACCCCACCCAGGGAAGAGGUGAACUCUGCAGAUGCACCUCUGAACUCUGGGUCUGCACUGACCCAGGACAGCAACUGUGAGUGGGGUGCAGAGAAGGGUUGGGCAUGUGAAGGGGACUUUGGGUUGCUGGAUGUAAGAACCUGAGGGGAAAAGGACACUGCCCAACCUACUUGGGGGUGGGUCUUUUACUCAUGGUUUAUGUUUAUGAACCCUGCUUAUGGUGUUUUCCCCAAUUAACACCAAGUUACUUCCCUCCUUUUAUAAAAAGUUUCUUUUCUACACUCAGACUCUGUGCUUGCGAGUGGGGAAGUAUUGCCUAUCAGAGGCACCCAGGGGUGGUGUGUAAAUUUCCCAGGUUUCUAGGUGGGGGCUCGAGUUCUGCGUUGUAUCAAUGGAAAGGAACCCCUAGAUAUUGGACCUGGCCAAGAUUGCUGCUGGCUCCAUCUGGUAAGAAGGGUUAAAUUUUGGGGGGUUCGUCUGGGAUACUGGGUCAGUACCCCUCGCAAGCACAUCUUCAGUGAUUCACUAAGUUGGGAAAACAAUUGUGUUUAUAUUUUUGGGGAAAUCAUUGCUUGUAUAAUGGCUAAUAUGUCAGGUUUCUUGGGCCAUUACCCUAGUAACCAUUAUACUGUAUAGCUGCUCCUUCCUGACCCCCCACCCUCUGCUGCCCCUAGCGCCCAUUAUACAGUGUAACCGCCCAUUCCUGGCCCCCACCCUCUGCUGCUCCCAGUGCCCAUUAUGCCAUAUAGCUGCCCCUUCCCCACCCCCAUCCUCUGAUGCCACUAGUGCCCAUUAUAUAAUAUAAACUCCCCUUCCUCACCCCCAUGCUCUGCUACCCCAGUGCCCAUUAUACAGUAUAGCUGCCCUUUUCCCCCACACUCUGCUGCCCCUACUAACCAUUACACUCUAGCCAUCCCUUCCUCGACCUCACCCUCUACUGCCCCUAGUGCCUAUUAUACACUAUAGCCACCCCUUCCCCUCCCCUCAACCUUUCCUGAUGGUGGUGCCCAUAAUACAGUAUAGCCACCACUUUCCCGCCCCCCACCCUCUGCUUCCCCUAGUAUCCAUUGUACAAUAUAGCCACCCCUUCCCCACCCCACUUUGUGCUGCCCCUAGUGCCCAUUAUACAGUAUAACCGACCCUUCUCACCCCACACCCUCAGGUGUCCCUAAGUAGUAUACUGUUCAAUAGCAUUCAUCACCUAUUUUUGACAGGUUUCUACACCCUGUUUAGUCCUUAUGUCCCACCCUCCGUUCCCGUUUCUGUAUGUGUCAAGGUUUGGUGCCAUCGGCCAUUUUGAAAAAAAAGUUUUCACUAUUUUUUAUGUUUGAAUAGGGGGGUUGUUAUGUGCUUGUGCUUUGAUACAUUUGGUUGAUUGUUUAGAGAAAAAGGUUGAAAGAAUAGAGUGAGAGAGCUUAAAUAUUAAAAAAAGAAAGCUUUGGUUAGGUUUAGCGGAAAAAAGGAAAAAAAUGUUAUUAAACAGAAGAAAGAUUGUUUGGUUAGGUUUAGUAAGGAGAGAUUAUUUUUAAAGAAUAGAAAGAGAGGAAAAAUAAGCACAUGGCAAAGAAAAAAUGGUUUUAGAGAAUAAAAAAAAAUAAAGCAAUAAGAGAGACUGUGUUACU